AUGAGACCCGCUAGAGCCUCAAGACCGCCGGUGGGGGAGGUGCGGAAAGCACCCUUAAUCCAUAGAGCAGCUUUCCGCUGCAUCCGUUUCAACUGGUUCAUCGCGCUGGCUGCAACUGAUGGCUCUGUCCCUCAGUCCAAUCAGUAUCAGGCGGCUUCGGCUGCCAUCAUCUACAAGGGACAUCACAAGCUUGAAAGGACUCGUUAUGUCUCUGGCAGAGUUACCACCCCAGAUGCGGAGCUCAAUGCCAUUUCGUGUGCAGUGCGCCUUGCUGUCAAGCGGGCGAACUGCCAACAUAUUAUGGUCUUUACUGACUCUAUGGGCUCAGCCCAUAGAGCGGUUGACCCUGGCGUGCAUUCUGGUCAGGCUUUUAGCCUGUCAGUUUGUCGCGUUCUUCAAGAGUGGUUUGAGGCGGAUGACCUUUGCCGCAUUACCUUCGUCUACGUCCCAUCAGCUCUGCGGUGGGACAUUCAUGGUGAGGCACACAAGUAUGUCACCGAGCUUAAAGUCAGGGUUGGACGCCGCAAGACGGACAACUCUAUAGACGCGCUACGCUCACGAGUGGCGCACUCAGUCCUGGAUUCGUGGAACUCCACUUUCCAGGAUCCAACCUACCGAGGCUCUGAAUUCCUAGAGCUUCAACAGCCUGACGGGCGGCCACUACAGCCAUCGUACCUCAAUGGGGGACCUUGGCUUUCAACCUUCGGACACAGUAUCACUGAGUUUGCCCGCGUUUGCCCGUGUAUAACUGGCCACGCACCCAUUGGAGCGUACUACCGUCGCUUCAAGAUCAAUGAGCCUCACGGCUGCACUUGCGGGGCUGCUUUGCAGUCCCGCCAGCAUAUCCUCUUUCGCUGUCGCGAUAGAUAUUCUGUACACUAUCCCCGUUUUCUCGGGGAUAUUGCAUCGUUUAUGAAGUACAACCCUACGGCGUUUGGCUUCAACCGGGACCCCUCGGGUGUCGGAUAA